AGUGCUUGCUGUAAGUGGCUUUUGGGCGGUACACGGGGAAUAGGGGGUAUAAUCCGAGGUGCCGACCGCGCACUCUCCCCGUCUCGUAGCCAUGCCUCGCAAAAUUGAGGAAAUCAAGGACUUCCUGCUCACAGCCAGACGAAAGGAUGCCAAAUCUGUCAAGAUCAAGAAAAAUAAGGACAAUGUGAAGUUUAAAGUGCGAUGCAGCAGAUACCUUUACACCUUGGUCAUCACAGACAAAGAGAAGGCCGAGAAACUGAAGCAGUCCCUUCCCCCAGGUUUGGCAGUGAAGGAGCUGAAAUGAACCAGACAUGCUGAUCUGUAUUAAAAUACUAAAAAUUCAAAAAAAAAAAAAA